AUGAAUGAGAAAUCAUUCAAAGCAUGGUCAUGGCCCGUAGAGCAGUGCUUGAAGGAGUACAAAGUGAAACUUGAAAAGGGUCUGAGCAGCUACGAGGUGGAAAAGCAGAGAGAGAUAUCUGGUUGGAACGAACUCCAAAAAGAGAAGGGGAAGCCCCUUUGGAGACUUGUUCUGGAACAAUUUGAUGAUAUGCUUGUCAAGAUCCUUUUAUUAGCAGCAUUAAUAUCAUUAGUUCUUGCUUACUUGCAUGGGAAUGAAACUGGCGAGUCAGGGUUUGAAGCCUAUGUAGAACCGUUUGUGAUAGUUUUAAUCUUAAUCCUUAAUGCCAUUGUGGGUGUUUGGCAAGAGAGUAAUGCUGAGAAGGCACUUGAAGCUUUGAAGGAGAUGCAAUGUGAUUCUGGAAAAGUGCUAAGAGAUGGAUAUUUAGUGCCGGAUCUGCCUGCAAGGGAGCUUGUCCCUGGUGAUAUUGUAGAAUUGCGUGUUGGAGAUAAAGUACCAGCGGAUAUGAGGGUCGCGAUUUUAAAAACUUCAACCUUAAGAGUCGAGCAGAGCUCACUGACAGGGGAAACAAUGCCUGUGAUGAAAGGCACCAACGUUAUUUUUAUGGAUGAUUGUGAAUUGCAGGCCAAAGAAAAUAUGGUUUUUGCUGGAACAACAGUUGUGAACGGUAGCUGUGUUUGCAUUGUUGUGAACACUGGGAUGCGCACUGAAAUAGGCAAGAUACAAACUCAGAUACAUGAGGCCUCAUUGGAAGAGAGUGACACCCCUUUAAAGAAAAAACUUGAUGAAUUUGGUAAUAAGCUUACAACUGCAAUUGGCCUUGUUUGCCUCACCGUAUGGAUUAUCAACUACAAAUAUUUUCUAACAUGGGAGCUUGUAAAUGGGUGGCCUACAAAUUUCCAGUUCUCUUUUGAAAGAUGCACGUAUUAUUUCAAGAUAGCAGUUGCCCUUGCAGUUGCUGCAAUACCAGAAGGCCUUCCGGCUGUAAUAACGACUUGUUUAGCUCUGGGAACAAGGAAAAUGGCACAAAAGAAUGCAAUUGUGAGGAAGCUUCCAAGUGUGGAGACCUUAGGAUGUACAACUGUUAUUUGUUCAGAUAAAACAGGGACCUUGACAACAAACCAGAUGUCAGUGACAGAGUUCUUCACCUUUGGAGGUAAGACUUUGGCCUCUAGAAUUUUUCAUGUCCAGGGCACAACUUAUAAUCCUAAGGAUGGAGGUAUAAUUGACUGGAAUUGCUAUAAUAUGGAUGCCAACUUGCAAGCGGUGGCAGAAAUAUGUGCAAUGUGUAAUGACGCUGGGAUAUCUUGUGAUGGCCGUGUGUUCAAAGCAACAGGACUGCCCACUGAGGCAGCACUAAAGGUCUUGGUAGAAAAGAUGGGAGUUCCAGAUAGCAAGGUGAGGAACAGAAUCCAUGAUUCACAGCUUGUGGCAAACUAUUUGAUUGACCGAAAGACGGUCAAGUUAGGGUGCUGCGAAUGGUGGACAAAACGAUCAAAAAAAGUUGCAACCCUUGAAUUUGAUCGUGUUCGCAAAUCAAUGAGUGUUAUUGUCCGUGAGCCAAAUGGACAUAAUCGCCUUCUUGUCAAGGGUGCUGUUGAGAAUCUUCUGGAACGUAGCUCCCACGUACAACUUGCUGAUGGAUCAAUUGUUCCCCUUGAUGAGCCUUGUAGGCAACUAUUGCUUCUAAGGCACUUGGACAUGAGUUCAAAGGGUUUGCGGUGCUUGGGUUUAGCAUAUAAAGAUGAACUGGGGGAUCUUUCAGAUUACUAUACUGCGAAUCAUCCUGCUCACAAGAAGUUGCUAGAUCCUUCCUGUUAUUCCUCGAUAGAAAGUGACUUAGUUUUUGUAGGGGUAGUUGGUCUAAGGGACCCUCCUCGUGAGGAAGUUCACGAAGCAAUGGAGGAUUGCAGGGGAGCAGGGAUCAAGGUUAUGGUGAUAACUGGAGAUAAUAAGUCAACGGCUGAAGCUAUCUGUCGAGAAAUUGGGUUGUUUUCUGAAGAACCUGGGGGAACGGUUUUCUCUCGAGCUGAGCCUAGGCACAAGCAAGAUAUUGUGAGGAUGCUAAAAGAGAUGGGGGAAAUUGUUGCUAUGACUGGUGACGGUGUCAAUGAUGCACCUGCCCUGAAACUUGCUGAUAUUGGAAUAGCUAUGGGUGUCACUGGAACUGAGGUUGCCAAAGAAGCUUCAGAUAUGGUCUUGGCUGACGAUAAUUUCAGAACCAUAGUUUCAGCUGUUGCAGAAGGUCGUGCAAUCUAUAAUAACAUGAAAGCAUUUAUCAGAUACAUGAUAUCGUCAAACAUUGGGGAGGUUAUAUGCAUAUUCUUGACUGCGGCUCUAGGGAUACCAGAAUGUAUGAUACCUGUGCAGCUGCUGUGGGUAAAUUUGGUUACAGAUGGCCCACCAGCUACAGCCCUUGGAUUUAACCCUGCUGAUGUUGAUAUUAUGAGUAAACCACCCCGGAGGAGCAAUGAUGCUCUCAUAAACUCUUGGGUUCUCUUCCGCUAUAUGGUGAUUGGUUCUUAUGUUGGCAUUGCUACUGUUGGCAUCUUUAUUUUGUGGUACACACAGCCAUCAUUCCUCGGUAUAAACCUAGUGGGCGAUGGGCAUACGCUGAUUGAACUAUCUAAGCUUCGCAACUGGGGGGAAUGCUCAUCAUGGUCAAAUUUUACUGCAACUCCAUUCACAGUUGGAGAUGGCCGUUUGAUUACUUUCUCCGACCCUUGUGAUUAUUUUUCUGCUGGUAAAGUGAAGGCAAUGACUCUGUCACUUUCUGUUUUGGUUGCGAUUGAAAUGUUCAAUUCUCUCAAUGCCCUCUCUGAAGACAACAGCUUGAUCCGAAUGCCACCUUGGAGAAACCCUUGGCUUCUUGUUGCCGUGUCAGUCUCGUUGGGGCUACAUUGUCUUAUACUUUACGUUCCUUUCCUUGCGAAUUUGUUUGGUAUCGUUCCAUUGAGUUUAAACGAAUGGCUCCUGGUGAUCUUGGUUUCAGCUCCAGUCAUAUUCAUCGAUGAAGUUCUUAAAUUUUUGGGAAGGAGAAGAAAAUUAAGAACGAAAGUAAAGAAAGCAUAA